UGAUUUCUGAUAAACUACCAGCAAAAGCUUCUUAUAAAAACCCUUGAAUCAGUUGAAUCAUCGUAAAGCAAUUCAUAAAAGUUGAGAAAUGGAUGGAAACAACUACAAUUCCUGGGCUGAUCAAUGGGACGAUGGACCUGAUCCUGUGACGGUUGGUUCCAGCAAUAAAAACAGCAACGACAAGACAACCAAGUACAAGCAAAAGGUCGGAGAGGGUUUUGGCAAGACCAAAGCAGUCGCCUCCACCGGUGUGAAGAAGUUGAAGGAUGGUACUUCCGUUGGCCUUCACUGGAUCAAGACCAAGUAUUCCAAAGCCACCAACAAACAUUAAUUUCACCAUUUCUACAUUCUUUUUUUCUUUCUCUUUCUUUCACUUUAAUGUUUUCUGUCUUUUCAAUUUCAUCCUUCAUGUAUUCGUUUAUUCUUCCUAGUUUGCAGUUAAGUAUGAUCAUGUAUCAGUUUCCCUG